UCUCUCUUCUCUCUCUCUCUCUCUCUCUCAAGCUUGGUCUGAGAGAACAAACGAGUUAGAGAAGAACACGUUCAUGGCGAUCACUGCUACUUUCAAUCCGUCGACAAGCUCUAUUGGCUUCCCCAAGUUCAGUCACCAUAGUUCAUCAUUUGCUUCUCCUUCUUCCCUCGGCCGUAUCACCGCUUCUAAAACUUCCAUUUCCGCCUCCCCGUUGAUAUGGCAGGCGAAGCGGAAGCAGAAUCCGGUGAUCGUGCUAUACUCCGGCGGAGGCGGUAGCAGUGGUGGAAAUGGUGGAAAAUAUAGUGGUGGUGGUGAUGAAGGAGAGGAAGCUGGCGAUAAAAACAAGGCGGAGGCGAUUCUGGUGCUUACGCAGGUAGGGAGGUCUUUGGAUAGUAUACCUUCGGAUCUGGCUUCGGCGAUUGAGACUGGACGGAUACCUGGAUCGAUUGUCUACCGUUACUUUGAGUUGGAGAAGUCGCCAUUUUUCCGGUGGUUGCUUCAGUUCGGGGGGUUUAAGGAACGGCUUUUGGCAGAUGACUUAUUCUUCGCUAAAGUGUUCAUGGAGUGCGGCGUUGGCAUCUUCACUAAGACUGCUGCAGAGUGGGAACGACGGAGAGAAAAUUUUGUCAAAGAGCUGGAUUUUGUUUUUGCUGAUUUGUUCAUGGCCGUCAUUGCAGAUUUUAUGCUUGUUUGGCUUCCUGCUCCUACUGUCUCUCUUCGGCCAGCACUUGCAGUCAGUGCUGGACCUAUUGCUAAGUUCUUCCACAACUGCCCUGAUAAUGCUUUUCAGAUUGCAUUGGCUGGAUCAUCCUAUUCACUUUUACAAAGAAUAGGUGCCAUAGUGCGUAAUGGGGCCAAGCUUUUCGCAGUUGGAACCAGUGCAUCUUUGGUUGGUACUGGUGUAACAAAUGCCUUGAUAAGGGCAAAAAAGGCAGUGGCCAAGGAAUCUGAUGAUGAAGUUGAAGAAGUUCCUCUAUUAGCAACCAGUGUUGCGUAUGGUGUCUACAUGGCAGUGUCUAGCAAUCUUAGGUACCAACUACUGGCUGGUGUAAUUGAACAACGGGUUUUGGAACCAUUACUACACCAUCACAAAGUUGUGUUGAGUGCACUCUGCUUUGCUGUUCGGACAGGCAACACAUUCUUAGGGUCAUUGUUGUGGGUAGAUUAUGCCCGUUUGGUAGGUGUUCAAAAGAUUCGUGAAUAGAGCAGACAGGUUGAUUACAGGGCCCCCAAUGUAGGUUUCAGGUUUUCUCCUUUUAUUUUUUCAAAAUUUUUAAGGUACUCAAUGAUUCUUGCUGGAGCUGCUGGUUCCCAUUUAAGGUUGUUUCAUAGAUAUGGUUCAAUGUGCACGGUUGUAGAUCUUAAAUAACAAAGAUCAUGAUAUC